CGUUACCACUUACCACUAAACAGAGAGACCCUUUUUGCGGCUUCGGUAAUUUACGCGGGAUGUUUUGGCAGCCUGUUGAACAAAAGAACCGAGCGUAGGGAGAGAGGGUGAGGAGCGAGGAGAGAUAGAGAGAGAGUGAACGCGCGAAAUGGUGCACAGUGCGUAUGAUUCAUUCGAGCUUCUCAACAACUGCCCGUCGAAGAUCGAGACCGUGGGAUCAUACAGCUCCAAGCUUCUUCUAGGCUGCACCGAUGGUUGUAUCAGGAUUUUCGUUCCAGAAUCCUCAGCAUCUGAUCGAUCGCCACCUUCUGAUCGCCUUUACCUGAAUCCGGAGAUGCGUAAAGAGCCCUAUGUUUUGGAGAGAACAAUUACUGGAUUCUCCAAGAAGCCUCUGGUGUCAAUGGAGGUCUCAGUGUCGAGGGAGCUUCUUGUGUCCUUGUCCGAAUCUAUCGCAUUUCAUCGGCUCCCCAAUGUCGAGACGGUAGCCGUGAUUACCAAGGCCAAAGGAGCCAACUUGUUCUGUUGGGAUGACCGGAGAGGAUUCUUAUGCUUCGCGAAACAGAAAAGAGUCUGUAUUUUCAGGCAUGACGGAGGUCGAGGAUUUGUGGAGGUGAAGGAGUUUAGUGUUCCUGAUUUGGUGAAGUCCAUGGCUUGGUGCGGUGAAAAUAUAUGCAUGGGAAUUAGAAGGGAAUACAUGAUAUUAAAUGCAAUGAAUGGUGCAUUAUCUGAGAUAUUUCCUUCUGGAAGGAUUGCCCCACCACUAGUGGUCCCUCUUCCUUCUGGAGAGCUUCUUUUGGGAAAAGAUAAUAUUGGAGUUUUUGUUGACCAAAAUGGGAAGCUUCUUCAAGAUGGCAGGAUAUGUUGGUCUGAGGCCCCCUCAGUUGUUGUCAUCCAUAAGCCAUAUGCAAUAGCUCUCUUACCAAGACACAUAGAGAUCCGUUCCCUUCGAGCUCCUUACCCAUUGGUACAGACAGUUGUUCUCCGCAAUGUUCAUCAUCUUCUCCAGAGCAACAACUCUGUUAUUGUUGCAUUAAAUAGCUCUAUCCAUGGGCUAUUUCCUGUUCCUAUUGGGGCACAGAUUAUACAAUUAACAGCAUCUGGGAAUUUUGAGGAAGCUUUGACUUUGUGUAAGCUGCUUCCACCAGAGGAUGCAAACCUUCGAGCAGCAAAGGAGAGUUCCAUCCAUAUCAGAUAUGGGCACUAUCUGUUUGAUAAUGGGAACUACGAGGAGGCCAUGGAACAGUUUUUGGCAUCUCAAGUAGAGAUCACCUAUGUAUUAGCUUUAUAUCCAUCUAUCAUUCUUCCCAAAUCAGAGGUGAUUUCUGAGAUGCAAAAUGUGCCUGAGUUUACAUGGGAUGGUUCUCAUCUCUCCAGAGUUUCUUCAGAUGCAUCAGAUGAUAUGGAGUCCUCAUCUCCAUUGCAUCUAGUAGAGUCUGAUGAGACUGCAACACUUGAGUCUAAGAAGAUGAGCCACAAUACUCUCAUGGCACUGAUAAAGUUCUUGCAGAAGAAGAGAUACAAUAUUCUUGAAAGGGCCACGAUUGAGGGAACUGAGGAGGUUGUCUCAGAUGCUGUGGGUGAUGGUCACAUUGCUUAUGAUCUCAACAGGCCUAAGAGUUCAAACAAGGGCCGUGGGAACGUCCGUGUUAAUUCAGGGGCUAGAGAGAUGGCUGCAAUUUUGGAUACAGCAUUAAUCCAGGCUCUGGUUCUUACUGGGCAAUUUUCAGCUGCACUAGAGCUACUUAAAGGUCCCAACUAUUGUUAUAUAAAAAUAUGUGAGGAAUUUUUGCAGAAAAAGAGUUGUAACACUGCAUUGCUGGAACUCUACAAGUGCAAUGAAAUGCACCGUGAAGCUCUAACACUUCUGACUCGAUUGGUAGAAGAAUCAAACGCGGAACAACAGCAAUCUGAUCUCACCCAAAAGUUCAAACCAGAAAUGAUUAUUGAGUAUCUGAAGCCUCUCUGUGGAACAGAACCUAUGCUUGUCCUGGAGUUCUCUAUGCAUGUUCUUGAGACCUGUCCAACACAAACAAUUGAGCUCUUUUUGUCUGGAAAUGUUCCAGCAGAUUUGGUCAAUUCUUACUUAAAGCAGCAUGCACCAAAUAUGCAAGCUACAUAUUUAGAACUUAUGCUUGCAAUGAAUGAAAAUGGAAUAUCUGGAAACCUUCAGAAUGAAAUGGUGCAAAUCUACCUCUCAGAGGUACUUGAAUGGUAUGCUGAUCUAAAUUCUCAACAGAAGUGGGACGAGAAAGCUUAUUUUCCAACACGCAAGAAAUUAUUGUCUGCUUUAGAAAGUAUCUCAGGAUAUAAUCCAGAGGGUCUGUUGAAGCGUCUUCCAUCUGAUGCUUUGUAUGAGGAACGUGCAAUUUUGUUGGGGAAAAUGAAUCAACACCAGCUUGCCUUAUCUCUCUAUGUACAUAAGCUUCAUGUUCCUGAUAUGGCACUGGCCUACUGCGAUCGUGUCUAUGAGAGCGAACAGCAUCAGCCUUCUAAAUCUUUUAGCAACAUCUAUCUAACCCUUCUGCAAAUAUAUCUUAAUCCUCUGAGAACAACAAGGGAGUUUGAAAAGCGGAUAAAAAAUCUAGUAUCAUCUCAACAUACUGGCAUCCAGAAGGUUGGUUCAACCAGAGCUAAAGGGGCUCGUGCAAAGAAAAUUGCUGAGAUAGAGGGUGCAGACAACAUUCGUAUCAGUUCCAGCAGCAACGGUAGCGGGCGAAGUGAUGGUGAUGGAGAUGAACAAAGUGAGGAAGGGGGUUCUACCAUGAUGAUUGAUGAGGUCCUAGAUCUUUUGAGCAGGAGAUGGGAUAGAAUUAAUGGAGCUCAGGCUCUUAAACUCUUACCAAGGGAGACUAAGCUACAGAACUUGCUUCCAUUUCUUGGACCACUUCUGAGAACAACCAGUGAAGCACACCGUAACUUCUCAGUGAUCAAGAGCUUGCGACAAAGUGAGAACUUGCAGGUGAAAGAGGAACUUUAUAAACAAAGGAGAACAGUUGUGAAGAUAAGCAGUGAUAGCAUGUGCUCUCUGUGCAACAAAAAGAUAGGGACUAGUGUUUUUGCAGUCUACCCCAAUGGAAAGACACUUGUGCAUUUUGUUUGCUUUAGAGACUCACAGAGUAUGAAAGCCGUGGUGAAAGGGUCACCUUUAAGGAAGAGGGCCUAAUUUAGCUUUUACAUUCCUGAGUAAGAUCGCAUCUCCUUGUUUUUCCUGGAGUGAAGUUGGUGAGAGACAUGAUGUCAUGUGAACCUUGUUAUAUGACAUCUCAUGUCAUUUGUUUAUCCCUCUUAAUACAGGCAUGACUAAGAAGUAAAGCAUCUCAUUGCAAUGCUCCCUAGUGCGACAUGUGAGAAUUAUAACUAAGUUUGUACAUUUGGUUUCUA